UCUACCGGUGUGCGCAGUCGUACAGGCAGUCCGUUCAGGAUGUCCCCUGCAGCGUCGUUUGGCCAGCGAUGGGCGGAAGACAACCUGACACGAGAGGCCUCGGAGGACGAGGUCAGAAUCCUCGACCUGAUCCUGAAGACGUGUCACAAUGAUGAGGAGGAGGCAGUCAAGAGGGCGAGGAGGUACUACACAACGAGAGGACCAGGAGGACUGACGGAGUUGUGGCACAGAAGACAUCCGGAUGAUGAGGAUAUUCUGUCCAGUUGCCAAGAUGUGUACAUAGUUCCUCUGCGCGUGCGCAGCCUGAACGGUCAGCGGGUCACCAUCGUCCGUCUCCCAGCGCCACUGUCGGACAGACCCCUGUCAGCUAGGGCAUUGUUAGCCAGAUGGCUGAUGAUCAUGGAUCUGAGGCUGCGAGAAGACCCUACACCAGGCGACGAGAUCGUGUUUAUAGACGUGUGCGACCUCCAACCCUCGCAUCUCAAGAACCACUUCAAAGGCUCCUACUGGAAGGACUUCGCUUGGUGUAUCAAGUCAGCCUACCCCACCCGUUUCUCGGAGGUCCACGUGAUCAACACCAACCGCCUGAAGACCAUGUCGCUCCUGCUCCUCCACAUCGGUCUCUACCCCUGGAGACGCAAGGUCCUCCACAUCCACACCCAUGCAGGCCAGAUAUACAACGUGGAUAUCGGUCCUGAGGGCCUGCCGUACGAGUACGGGGGAAGAGCUGGCGCUAUGAAGGAUCUUAAUGAUGAAUGGACGAAGAAGCUUCUAUCCAGCGCAAAAUGGCUGCAAAAGGAGGAACGGAAGUUUUACGAAACAGAACUCAAGCCGAAAGACAAGUCUAGAAGUAGGAGUAGCCUAACUCUGCGUGGUAUCACCUCUUAUGAUAUCCUCACUCGGACACACUCCUGUAGAUCCCUGAAUAGGCAUGAUGCUGAUGAAGGGACACCUGGUGCCUACAGGACUUUGAGGGCGAUGGACAAGAGUUUCUAUGUAUAAGCUAUUAAUAAUGUUAAAAGAAUACUUUCAUAGUAUCAGUUCAGGCUGUAACAAAAUGUGCUGUUUUUAAGGAAUUAAAAAUUGAACCUAAUUAGCUACAAAAGGAGGUGCACGUUUCAAUGUAAGAUUCAAAUGCACAUUUCCAUCAAUUCACAAUGGUAAUUGUAGUACGUAAUACGUAUCUUAUUGUAUAGUGAAUAAAGUUCAAUUUUUAUUUCACUAUCUUGAAAGUUGAAACACUGCGUUUUGUCGCAUUUCGUUACGGUUUGACUUUUGAGCUGAUCCUAAGAUUCUUUCUAUUUGUGAUAAACAACUUAUAAUGCCCACGCGUGAAGAACAAAAGAGACAAUGUUAUAUAACAACAAUAAUAAUAUUAAUAUUACUGCAAAUAGUUUUAAAAGUUCUUAUAAUAAAAUACAAGUAACGCCAUCUUCUGUCGUUUAAACAAAACAAUAAUUGCCGAAUGUGAGAGCAGAAUGAUGGCGUGAUCUCAAUGAUACUCAAAGUUUGUUAUAGUUAUAAAUAGCGCCGCUAGAUGUCUCUGUUUAGUCGUAUUGUAGAAUUAUUAUUACUGCUUUUUAUUAGGGUUCCGUACCCAAAGGGUAAAAACGGGAUCC